GACAAGGCUCCAAGGAAGGAAAGAGAGAGACUCCUGCUCUCUCAAGCCUGGCCCAGCCUAAUGGCACCCACCAAGGAUAAGAAAGAGAAAUUCAGCCAUGCCGUCACACAGGAGCAGUUACUGAAAGAGGAGCAGAUGAUAGAGAAAAUUGGAGAUUUUACUAAACUAGUCCGUAGCUGGGAACGUGGCCAAGCAGCGGGUCUGCAGCUGGCAAAAAUAGAGGACAUUGGUUUUGCAAAGAUGAGGCAGAGGCAGCAGGCAGAAAUGAAAGAAGAGCUGUACCAGGCUAAUAAACAGCUGAUGAUGGUUCGACGAGAAGCCUUGCGUCACCUCCUAAGUGUUGAGCAUCUGCAGUACCAGCUGGAGUUGAACCACUUGGGCAAGUCCUUCUAUGCAGAGCGGAUGUGAAUGCUUGUCUCAGACAUGCCCAGAGUCUGGACCAUGGUAAUAGGGAAGCCCAAGGGCAUUUAGCUAGCACUGACUUCCUAGGAUACAUGACAGGGAAGAUUAAAGACUUUUUGUUUGCUUCUGUUAUACAUCUGGUUAUUGAUAAAGUUAGAUGAACUGAUAGAGCUGACUCUGUAGGAAGUACAGUAGAAGGUCAAAAACAAACAAAAAGUGAAGAUGUAAGAUUGCACUUGUUGACAAUGUUUGUAAAUUCAUAAACAUCAGCUCGGAGUUAUGCCUAAAUGGAGGGUUGCUUUUAAACUAAGGUUUUUUCUACACCUGGGGUUUGUAGGACCUGAAAUGAUAGCCAUGGCUGGCCCUGUUAUGUAGAUCUGCAUAUCGGCAUGGAGAACAGCUCUUGCCUAUCAGAUAUGUGAUGCCAAAGGAAAAUCCCAGUACAGUUUGGACUGUCUUAAAGAGGACCAGGGUUUUUUUUCCUGGAAAAAGAGGUGGCGGAACUCUCAAGAGAGAAAUGAGGGAGAAACACACAGGAUUCUUUGAAAUAAUAUUAUUUCCACGUGCUAUUGCUGAGUAUUUUCAAGAGGUGCCGGAACUCCGUUCCACCACGUUCCUGCUGAAAAAAAAGCCCUGAAGAGGACUAUAGGAUAACAACAUUAUCAAAUAUCAUCAUGACUUCAUGGUCACAAAAAGCUGAAACCAGAAUUUAAAAAUCUAGCUAGAAUGUUUAUUAAUCAUGUACACAUCUACUCAUAUUAUUACUAGGGAUGUGCAUAACUAAAGCAAAAAAACCCCAAGCUGAAAAUACAGAAAUCCUUGGUAUGCUCAUUGAAGUGACUUCUGGAAUGGUGGAACAAAUUUGGGAAAAGAGGCUGUAACGACUCUCUCCCGCUGAAAAGCUUGUGUGUUUUGUUUCAGUUCUUACUGCACAGAGGUCGCACAGGCAGGUCAGGCAGUGGUGGGCCAUCUGGCAGCAUCUUGUUUUCCUUAAUGGCAAAACUGUCUGCACUCAUCGAGCAACAAAUUGGAUCCAAAGGGGAGAGACUGAGCCCUUAACAGUAACUCCGCUGGUGGGAAGGCGAUGUGUGCGGCACACAGGAGUGCAUAUUUUCUUCAGCACUUUCUGGGAAAUGGCAUUGUCAUUGAGUGGCACUGCACAUACCACUGGUGCUGAAAUUCCACUGAUUGGCAUUGAGUGGCUCAUAGGGAUCUAAUUGCAAAAGGUUUGCUUUGUGCCGCAGAGGAGAACAGCAGACAGCAGGGUGCCAGGAUCACCUUCACCAGUCAUGAUCCCUUUCGGUGCAUUUUUAUGCACAAUGCAAGGAAAGGGCAGCAACAUCCACGCUGUGGGUUUGAGGAGGCAGGGGUCUCCUUCAGGUCCCUGCUUGCUCAAAUGCUCAUUUUAUUUACAUUAGGGUGAAAAUCGGAAACUUGGGGGAGGGGAAACUAUUAAGUGGAGCUGGUUCAUUCCUCUUCAGUGGACUUUUGCUGCUGCUGUCCUUCACUUAGGUGCCAUGGCGCCUCAGGGCCACUCAUUGUAAGUUAAGAAGUCCUCCAAAGAUAGCGGGUCAAGGAAUACCAGGAGGAAUUUUAUGUAGCUCAGAAAGCCUUCUGAUUUUCUGGGCUUUUCUGAUUAAAACUGUUAACUCAGUGCUAAAUGACACAGAGGUAACAGGCGUGUGCAUUGCACACUCACACAUGCAUACAUGCACACACCCUCAAGUCUAUCCAGACCAGUAUUCCAUCUGGAAGGACCAAUCUGGCCAGAUUGUUUAUUUUCUGGCACACCAAUGGAACUCUCUCCUUCAGUUCUGCCUACUAUUUUUUCUUCUUCAUUUUCAUUCAAUUCCAGAUUAACAGCUUUAGCCGGAAAGGGAGACCGGCAGCCAGCAACCUGUCCAGUCUCCCACUUUUAUUAGUAAAAAUUAGGGGGGAAAGAGGGCCAUCCUCUCUGUACUCCCCUUCCUGUGAAGAAAAACCAACAUCUAGCCCUCCCUUUCUGUGUGCUUUUAUGCACAGUGCAGGGACAGGCAGGUGGGCGAGAAGGAUUUGCCCCGUAUCAUGGAAAUGAAACUUCCACCAGGAUCAAACUUAGGUCAUGAGCAGAGCUUGGGCUGCAGUACUGCAGUUUACCAUUCUGCACAAGCUCUGCUUGAGUUCAAUCCCGGUGGAAGCCAGUUUCAAAUAGCCAGCUCAAGGUUGACUCAGGCUCCCAUCCUUCCGAGGUCAGUUAAAUGAGUACCCAGUUUCCUGGGGGUAAAGUGUAGAUGACUGGGGAAGGCAAUGGCAAACCACCCUGUAAAAAGUCUGCCAAGAAAACGUCGUGAUCCGACGUCCCCUCAUGGGUCAGUAAUGACUCGGUGCUUGCACAGGGGACUACCUUUACCCCUAAUUAUUAGCUUAUUCUAAAAUUCAUACAUAAGCUUAAAAAAAUACUUUCUUAUGUAUACAGAGAAAUUGGUAUGAUGACACCCCCCAUACAAAUAACAAGCAUGCAUAUGAUAAAAUA